GCUCCUCACUGGAAAUCCCCAGACUCCCCGUACAGUCAGUGCCACCCAAACAGCAGGUGACGUGAUAAUGGAAUCUCUGUGGAGAGACCAAGGCUACAAACACCGUCGCUAUAACCAUGACCUCAGGUGCUCGGCGCUCAUCCUGAGUGACACGUCCCUGCACAGAGCUCUGAAGCAAAGACCAGCCAGGUGAGUGCUUCCUUCUGUUCAAUCUCAGGGCAAAGACUGGAAGAGACAUUGCCUCCAGCAGGAGAGGGACUUAAGACUUAACUCACACGGGGCAGGACAGGGGCAACACGGCCUCACUUGAGCAUCCACAUCCAUGUUCUGCUGGGUGGAGGGUGGCUGUGUGCUGGGGAGUGUCUUAGGCCGGGAGCAGAGCCAGGUGGCCCACCGCAGAUCCCUGUGCCCUAGAGUCUCUAAAGAUGAGAGAGGAGGGAUGUGGUCUCUGGAAUGUUGCCAAGUCUUGGAUGAUCCAGCCACUGAGCUCCUCCCUGUUGUUAACAAAGACUUCUCAUUGUAGCAGACCUCACAGAUCUAUGCUUGUAGGGGAAGGAGUCCCCCUGCCCCCUUUCUCAGAUCAUCUCCACCGGGGACCUUAUUCCAGGCUCCUUCAGUCCUGUUGCCCACAGCUCAUGACGAUGCCUCUAAGCAGCUCAUUUUCGGCUCUCCCUCAGCACUGGGCUACACAGCAGCUCUGAUUUCAGGGCUCACCUGUGAUGAGUUACACACUCCUCUGUCAACACAACAAAAUUAAUUCCUGCUGCUUCCACUGUAUUGUAAGCAUUUUUAUUCACAGAAGUAAAAAAGAAAAGAAAACCAAGACAAAAUGAGGACGCUAUUGUAGCAGAAAGUGCUCAGAACCAAAGGAGAGACAGAACUGCCUUUAAAUAGUUUUUUGUGUGUGUGCAAGCACAGCUGUGUCAUCAGAAAAGUUGCUGGAAAACAAGGCUUUUAUGGGUUCUCUGUUUUCUUCUAAGAAAGGUUACUUCCAGCUUGUCCUGUUACAUAGAGAGUGACCUGCUCACACUGGUCCCCCCAUGCCUGUGGGAGCAGAGAGGCUCCCUAGGGUCGGCAAGCAGUGGAAUGUGUGUUCCUCUCACAGCACAAGGGCAUCCUCUGCGGGUUCAUUUUUUGACUCUGGCUGUGGUGGUGCCCCAUGUGUGACUGUGUGGGGUUGGGUGUCAUGGAUUGUGUGGGGGCAAGUGUGUCCUUCUGCAAUUCUGGGUCACAAUGGUGUCAGGGAGGCACCUCCUCUGUGGGGUUGACCUCUGUGUGUCCCACAAAAUGGCAAACAGUAGCUAUGACCACAUCACUCACCCCAAUAAAUACUCAGCCCCAUAGAAAGGAAAUCAUGGGCCAUGUGUAUGGGAGGAGAGAUGCAAGAGGAUGAAGGGAACUGCAUGUACUUAGGAGUCACUGUGAUGUGACUGAGGAGCCGUGAUGUAGGGAGAAAUGAGGGGGGUUUCAGGGAGGAUCCUAUGAGGAUUCACUGUGCAUGAGACUCAUGUUCGAGCUUUUGCCAAUAAAGAAAGUUCAAUGGGAUUCAUGGAGCAGCUCCAUCACGAGGACCAGGCUCAGGGUACCCCCAGGAUGGGCCACCGCAGCCUGAAGGAGGCUGGACGGGGAUACAGAGUAGGUAGAAGUCGUGUGUGCUCACACGGGGAAGGACGCGCAGUCCAAGCACUGUCCAGCUCCACCUGCCAAGAGGUAGCUCUCCACGCAAUGGUCAGGGCACGUGUCCAGGCCCGCACCUCCGAAGCAAUCUUGAGACCACGGCUACACGUGUCCAGGCCCGCGUUCAGGGAGCUAACGCAAGAGAAGGGACAAGCAUCCAGGUCCGGGGCCGGGAGCUGUCGCGAGAACUGAGGUGAAUGUCCACGUCCUGUCUUGGGAGCUGUCGCGAGAGCAGAGGUGGUGCCUGGUCCCGGCUGCGGCGCACAGCAGCUCCAGCACGAGGAGCCGCCGCGAAAGGCCCAGAGGGCCGGGAGCCACGGUGCUCGUCGGCGGCCUCUGCAUCUGCCAGGAUAGUAUUUCUUGUUUCCAAGAGCUCUCGAUUUAUCAGGAAGAGAGAGCAGAGAGAAGGAAACGAACAAAAAGGUAUGAAUCUCAUCUUGAGGUGAAGAGAGUGAGUCAGUUGUGACUACGGAGGGGCUCCUGAGGUGAUUCUGAGCAGGUGGAGCCAGGAGGCUGAGCCUGAAGGACGAGACCACUGAAGUGGCGGGAAGAGGGGCCACUAGGAGCUGGGAGGGGAGGCCAGGACGCGUUUCCUGCUUUGAGCGGAAGCAAUGCUCCGCUCUGGUGGGAAACGGAAGGAGGGCGGCGGUGGGGUUAGAAACGCCUUAGGUGCCCCAAGUCACUGUUUCCUCCUCACGUUGCUGCAGGUGCUCAGUGACGAGAACAAAGCCUGUGCUGACUCCCGUAGCCUUCGGUUUGCUGUGUUCCCACUCACGCUUGCAUCUCAAGGUAAAACUGAUUAUCUGGCAUAUGAGAGUGCCAUUUUUCUCAAGAGAAGUAAAGAGUGAGAGUCCCUUCCCAGUCUUGGUUCUGUAAGAAGACUGCUGAUGUCAUCACCUGCACAGCUUCCUUUCUGCUCCAGGACACUCUGAAAUCCUCUCCAUGUCUUUUCAGAAAGAUGUCCUACGAACUGCAAGCCAGGAAGCUCUGAAAACCAUCUAUCUCUUACAGAUGGGAGUUGGGUCUGUGGUCAAUGUCAUCCUUUUCUUCCAAAACAUCUCUCCAGUCUUGUUUGGACACAAGCAGAGACCCACAGACACUAUUCUCACCCACAUGGCCCUGGCCAAUCUCUUGGUUCUUCUCUCCUCUGGGCUUCCCCACACAAUGACAGCUUUUGUUUCAAGUAAGCCCCUGUCCAGUCCUGGGUGUAAACUUGUAUAUUACAUACACAGAGUGGCUCGCAGCACCACCCUGUGCUCCACCUGUGUCCUGAGCACCUAUCAGUCCUUCACGCUCAUCCCUGGGAGAGAAGGGAGGUCAUUGCUCAGAAGAAGAGCCCUCAGGGUCACAGAUUCUUCCUGUUGGAUCUGCUGGAUAUUCAGUGCCUUAGUGAAUAGCUACGUUCCUGUGAACAUCACUGGUCUACAGGACACGCACAACUAUUCUGAUACUCAAGGCAGGUGGUUCUGCAUGUCCUUGGGUCAUAAAUCAGGCUUUACCUUCUUGUGGUCUGUCUCAGAUGCCAUAUUUAUUAGCCUCAUGAUCUGGUCCAGUGGCUCCAUGGUGCUUCUUCUGCACAGACACCACCAGAAAAUGAAGUAUAUUCAUACCCGCACUGGACACCACAGAUGCCCCCCAGAGACCAGAGCCACCCACACCAUCCUGAUGCUGGUGGUCACCUUUGUCAUCUUCUAUGUGCUGAAUUCUAUUUUUGCUUUUUGUAUUAGUGCUUUUCACGAUUUUCGUCUAUGGUUGCUGCAGACCUCUAGUGUCUUAGUUUCAUGUUUUCCCACUGUUUCCCCCUUCCUCUUGCUCCUUAGGGAUCCUAGAGCACCUAGAUUCUGCUCCUAAAUUAUUAAAAUGUAUUGUUAAAGUGCGAAAUGUAUAGUAGACAGCUUCGAUAAUGAGAGUAGUGACUCCGUUCUGUAACUAUUUCCUCAGUAAUAGUGUUUCUCCAGUAUAAUUAGUAUAUAACAUAAUGUCAGUUUCAGUUAUGCAGCAUGAUAAAUGGGUAUUUAUAUGUACUGCAAAAUGGUCACCACAGUGUCUGAUUGAUAUGAAGCCUGCAUAAAACAUUACAAAUGUGUGGAACUGUACAGUCUAAGAAAUUCCUACGUAUUCUGUAAAAUGGUCAACAGUGAUUCUGAGCAGAAUAUAAACACUUUAGGAACUCAUACAAUGGCUACAAAAAUCAAAGAGCACAGGUUUAGAGCCCUAACCCUGUGCUCUGCAACAAGAGAAGCCACCACAGUGAGAAACCUGCGCACUGCAACUAGAGAGUAGCCUCCAUGACAGCAACUACAGAAAACCCAGGCAUAGCAACAAAGACCCAGUGCAGCCCAGAAUAAAAUAAAUAAAUAAAUAAAUAAUUUUAAAAGAAAGAAAUUUAUCAUUAAAAAAAUACAAGCUCUUUUUGAGGAAAUCAUUUCCUUGAUGGCCAGUUCAGCUCUCUAAAAGAAACCUUCUUCAGGAGUUUUUGCAAAUUAUUUUUUCCAUAUGUUGCAUCUAAUACCUGAUGUACAUUGACACAUAAUCUAAUGUUUGUCUAGAUAAAUAUUACUGUAGGGUGGAUGGAAAUUUUUAUUUCAUGGAUGAAGAUAAUAAAUCCAGAAAAUGGAGGUGUUCUUCUGUAUUACCAUAUACCUUUAUUCACUUGUACUUUCCAGUAUGCUGUAGCGUUAAUUCAGAAAAUAAAUGUUAUUCAUAUGGGUUGCUGCUUCUUUCAACCUGAAUUUUCUUUAUGUGAUUGACCAUCAAUAAAUUUGGUUGAUUGAAAGGAUUAAGUAACAUGAA